AUGAAUCUAGUUUUAAUCUAUCGUUUAAUCUAUCUUUCUUCGCAUCCAGGAAGUCUUGCAUGGAAGGCCGGAUCUCUCCUCGGAGCUACAUCCGUAAUAUUAGGAGCAUUUGGUGCUCAUGGCUUACAAUCUCGUCUCGCGUCGCUACCAGAUGGAGCUCGUCGUCUCGAUAACUGGAAGACUGCUGCCCACUAUCAAGCUAUACAUUCUCUUGCCUUACUCGCACUCUCAAUACGACAAUCCCAAACACGCUCACAAAGUAGAGCAGCGACGUACUUGUUUAUUGCUGGUGUUGUGGGGUUCAGUGGGAGUUUGUAUCUGUUGACGUUGGAUUCGGAGAAAAAGUAUCAUAAAGUUUUGGGACCUAUUACUCCUUUGGGUGGUCUGGCUCUUAUUGGUGGCUGGGUCGCUCUUUCUCUCUUGUAG